GUUAAUAACUGACAAAUAUCUGAUUAUUAAGAGCAGUUUCAACCUGUUUCUGUCCUUUUAUUGUUUGUUAAUCAGAGUUGGAAAGUAACCAAAUACAUUUAGUCAUUCCAUUUUAUGAAUCAUUCACAGGGAAUAUUUUCACUCCACUGCAUUAAUCUGACUCUUUACCUCAGUCAGUCGAGUUCUUCAGGAAUUAUUAAAACUGCCUUUAAUAAGACCGACACGAUGUCCAUCCCAGAUCUGAUCAAGAAGAAGAGAGACGGAGGAACGCUGAGCGACGACGAGAUCAAAACUUUCAUCGAGUCUGUGGCGAACGAAACCAUCCAGGAGUGUCAGACAGGAGCCAUGUUGAUGGCGAUCUGGCAGAAGGGAAUGGUCGACCAGGAAACCGAGACCCUGACCAGGGAGAUGAUGUCAUCAGGGGAAGUGAUGUCGUGGCCAGAGGAGUGGGCGGGGCUUGUGGUUGACAAACACUCAACGGGAGGCGUGGGAGAUAAAGUCAGCCUGGUGUUGGCGCCGGCGCUCGCUGCCUGCGGCUGUAAGGUGUGUGUCUGCCAGGUGCCUAUGAUCAGUGGGCGGGGCUUGGCUCACACAGGAGGGACUCUGGAUAAACUGGAAUCGAUUCCCGGAUUCAGCAUCCACCGAUCGGCAGCGCAGAUUCGGGAGAUCCUGGGCUCCGUGGGCUGUUGCAUUGUGGGUCAGACGGAGACGCUGGUCCCUGCAGAUCGAGUCCUGUACGCCCUGCGGGACGCCACCAGCACCGUGGACAGUUUACCGCUGAUUACCGGUUCUAUAAUCUCAAAGAAAGGCGCCGAGUCUCUGUCGGCUCUGGUGCUCGAUGUAAAGUUUGGACGAGCUGCUUUGUAUAAAGACCUGGAGAGCGCUAAAGAACUAGCACAGUCAUUAGUGAACGCAGGAAACGGUCUGGGCGUGCGUACGGCGGCGGUGCUCAGCCGUAUGGACGCUACGAUCGGUCGCUGUGUGGGAAACAGUCUGGAGGUGAUUGAAUCUCUGGAGACGCUGAAAGGAAACGGACCCGACGACCUGAUGGAGCUCGUCACGACUCUGGGCGGCCUGCUGCUGAUGUUGACGGGCUUGGCGCCCGACCAAUCAGAGGGCAGCAGGCGGAUCUCGGAGGCUGUGAUUGGUGGAGCCGCUCUCUCCAAGUUCCGGGCCAUGAUGGAGGCUCAGGGCGUUGCCACGGAGACGGCCCGCUUGCUUUGCUCCGCCCACUCAGAUUAUUACAGCGUCCUGAGGAAGUCGGAGCAUCAGCGGGAACUGGAGACGCCUACAGAUGGUGUGUUCGAGGGCGUCGACGGUUUGGUUUUAGCUGAAGUUCUUCAUAAGUUGGGGGCGGGACGAUCGAAGGCCGGAGAGCCUAUCAAUCACAGCGUGGGGGCGGAGCUACUGGUGUCACCGGGUCAGAGGGUCGGGAAAGGCGUCUCCUGGUUGCGGAUCCACUACGAGGAUCCGGUUCCGACUCCAGACCAGAUCCAGCGACUCCAGACCGCCCUGAGUCUGAGACCAUGUGACCGACCACAAACACCACAAACACAGAGUCUGGUGGAAGAACUCCUAUUACCUCGUUAAACGUUUUAAUACUUUUAUUUAUUAGACAAUAAAACAAUAAGAAACUGCUGCACGUGACCCCUCGCUAAGCCCCGCCCUCCCUUAGUUACUGUUGCCGAGCGAUCAGUUUACAAUAAACAUAUUGAUUAUUAGACGAUUUUAACGAUUAACUCAGUUGUUUUAGGUUAAAAAAGAUUGUUGGUGAAGUUUUUAUUUGUAAUUUAAAGUGACACUAACUUUGUUUUAUUAGUUACAGAAAUAUUUCUGAUUAAUAACUUUUAAUAUAUAAAAAUUACAAAAUAAAGUCACUUAAAUUUACUGAAGCUACUUGAUCAAUAAGUUGAUUUUAACACAUAAAAACUAAAAAGAAAGUAACUUAAUACCAGAGUGUAGAAAUACUCAAGUUAUUAUUGAUUAAUUAUAAUUAUUGAUUUAAAUUAUUUAAUAUGCUCCUGGAGAGUUUGUGAAUUUCCUCAUCAAUAAAGUUUUAUCUUAUUUUAACCUGUAAUAACAGAAUUUAAUAUAUUUGUGUUUUAUUACUAAUCUGAAUGAAAGUAACUUAAGUUCUUCAACAAAUGUAAUGGAGUAAAUAUAAAUAUUAAAAGAAAUAAGUCAACGUAUUGUUUACAUGUUUAAAUGUGUUUACAUUCCAGCUCUGAUGACACAAAAUAUGAAUUAAUUACUUUAAUUACUGCUGUUCUGUUUUCCUGAGUGUCCCUGAACACAACAUGUUAAUUAGUCAUUAGUUUGUUGGAGGUUUAACGAGCGUUUGUUGACAGAUCCACCACGAAUGAGGAGCAUAAGCCUCCAAAACCUGUGAUUCACAAGUGUGAGGGGUACGCAACUCAGAGAAACAAUCUGUAACAGGCUCAGUGAACGCAACAGUCUCACAUUAGCUUUCACUCCGCUGGUUUUAGCCUUUAACUCGGCACAAUCUGCCUUCCGAUGUCCUUUCUCGUGACAAUAGUAGAGAUACCGUAAAGCUUCCAAUAAAAGCAGGGUCCCUAAUAGACCCAGGUCUCUUUUAAAAGCCUGGUGUGGCUACACGUUUUAACAAAUAAACGCAGGUCUCCAAUAGAGGCCUGGUCUGGAUUUUAUAGAAAUUAUCUCGAUGUAUAAAACCUCUUAAAAUCCACCGGGUCGCCUGCUUGAGCGAGUUUUAAGUCGUUUUGAUCUCCUACACAAAUAUAAAUGUUUAAACUUCUGUCAGUAUGUACAUAAUGAACAUCAUUAGAUCAGUUAUAGAUUCUCCACAAUUCAAUCGUUCAAUAUAUUUUACGAAAACUAUCAAUACCAAAGUUUAACGUUAAUUCAUUCUGAAUUACCGGUAACACGGUAAACAAGAGAGACGGAAAUAGUAAAGGAAUUAAAGGCCUGUCCCAAAUAAAGGCAGGGGGAGUUCAGUGAUUUAAGCAAAUAAACAGGCUUUUAUUAGAAGUUUUACGGUAUUCCCAUUGUCAAAAUUAUCCCUUGCUUUAAGUUCAGCUUUGAAAUGUCCAACUGUCUCUGAACCCGUCCUUAUGGAGCGAUACGUACUCCUCAGCUGAACCAGCAGCCUCAGCAGCUGUAGUCAUUCUCCGUUCCCUGAUGUAUGUUGCAAUACGUUCUGGAAGACUAUUUUUAAAUCAUCAAAUCACACAACUCAUCAAAAGUAGUGACUUCAAGCGCAGUUAACCAUCGGCUAUAAUGAGAAGUCUCUGCGUGUGUUUGACCAUUUUUCUUCUCCCAGGACCUAAAACGCUGACGAUAUGUUCAUAAGCCUUCAGUACGGCUGCUUUUAUUUUGUCAUAGCUAGAGUUAUCGUCCACAGUCACAGAUGAAUAUUCCUCCUGCGCCGACACACUCUGAAGCAUGAGGACGCAGGUCCUAGCCUUAGCUACACGUUCAAACAGCAAGAAAAAAGGCUUUUUUUUCAUUAAAUCGAGGCAACAAGCGGAAGUUAUUGAAGUGAAGCCGAUCAGAAGAGCUGGGCAGCUUCCCGCUCUCAGCCUCACUGGACAAUAGUCCAUCUUUCACCAGAGACAAACGAAAUCCCUCCAAAUCUAGUUCUGCUAUCUGACGGAUUCUCUCCACUUCAAGUUGUUUUUUAACUUCUAGUUCUUGUUUCAUUUUUUCAUGGUCCAACUGCAACAUCAGAAUCUCUUUUUGUUGCUCAGAAUUUUAAUCCACGAGUCUGAAAAGACACAGCAGGAGGAUCUGGAGAAAAAUCCCCCUCAGCCUCAGACAUUAUUCCAUCGUCAAUUAGCUGUUAUAGUGGGAGCGUGCCUAUGUUCCCACAUUUCCUUUUUCAUAAAUUUCUAUCAGAUUUUAUCCCCCUUUCUCCCCCUAGCCCUAACCCUAACCACAUAGGGCUGUGGGAACAUAGUGCUGACCCCUUUAUAGCCGCUUUAACGUUCUCUUUGAGACGUCUGUCACCUUCGAACUCCACUGAAUAAUGUGCAGCAAUCUUGAGCAACUGCUCUUUUGUGCAUUUAUCCAGGGACUCCCGAGAUGGGUCGGCAAUAAACGCUUCAACUUCAGCCAUUACAAAAUAUGCAGCACAACAAACAAGGUCAACACCACACUUUUACGCACACCAAAGGACCAGAGAGUCACAACGCCGUUCACCCGUGCGCACCAGAGAGGAAUAAACUUCCAUUCAGUUUGGAGUUUCCCCGUUAUCGAAACCCAACCGGCCAACUAAACUCCCCCCCAGUCUUCAUGCGGUUAGUUAGCAGCACCCUCCCGCCUGGUGAUAUACUGAAACCAAACACCGAAUUUACAAAUACAUUUACAAAUAAUCGCGCAAAAAAACAGGAACAAACACGAUCGGACGAGCCCCCAAUUUGUCAUAACCCGGCUCCUAGGCUAUGACAAAUACGGCAUAGGACACAAUAGAUGGCUAUUAAUGAGUGAAUUUAUUAUAUUAACUUAAACAACUGAGCUUAUAAGUACAAAUGUGAAGUGUGUCAGUCAGUAACAUCAGUAAUGUAAAUGUGGAUGUUUGAGCAAUAUGAGCUGUAAAUGUUGUAAUGUGCUGAUGGUGCCUUCAAGGACACAUAGGAAAAACAAUAACUGGUCAACCACAUCAGCACAUCAACAUUAGACAGGGACCGUCACAUAUUAUCAUUGAUUAUUGACUCAAAUUGAUCACAAAUAAAUGACUUUAAGUUC